UGAGACAGUUGAAUUCGGUGUUCUGAAAGUGAAGCAGCAAUUGCGAGUUCUGCCAUCUGAGGUGACAAGCUGAUCCGUUGGUGUAGUUGUUUGGUGGUAUCCACUGAUCCCGAGUGUUUUGUGUGAUUUUGGGACUUUUUGCUGAAACUAAGUGAUUUUGUUGGACUUUUAUUGCAGAUUUGUGUCCUGAUCUGUUGGAGGAUUGAUAAAAGUGAAAGAUAAGGAGUUUGUGUUGUGAAUCUGUUUCAAAAACAACAAGAACAAUCAAAAUGAUGAAGUUUCUGGGUCUAUCACUCUGCUUGGCACUGACCAUUGUCGACCAGACGCUAGCACAGAACAACCAGUACCUACCUCCAGACAAGGGAUACGAUUACAAUAAGCCAAACCAGCCCUUCCCCACUGCCCAACAGCCACAGCAGGUGCCAUUCCCGCGGCCACCAGCCCCAGCUCCUUCCUAUGGACCUCCACCAGCAGCCGGUGGAGAUCACGUUCACGAACCGGGAAUGCCGUUCGACUUCAACUACAAUGUGAACGACAUCGACACCGGAAACGACUACUCGCACAAUGCCGUCAGUGAUGGGGAUGUGACCCGGGGCGAAUACCGAGUGCAGCUUCCCGACGGACGAACCCAGAUUGUGCGCUACACUGCCGACUGGAAGAACGGAUACAACGCGGAGGUGACGUACGAAGGUGAGGCCAAAUACCCCGAAGGUCCAGGACAGGGUGGAGCCAACUCCGGAGGAUACAAAUACUAAACCUUCCCCUCAAACAGCUCCUCAAAUCCCAACAACCCAAGUGAUAUUGAAAUCCCUCAUACAUGUGUGAUUAGCCGAGAACCUCCAUAACGAAAAACAAAAAUCCGAUUCCCUGCCAUGUGUCAACCGAAUACGUGUGCCAGAGAAUAAGAAGAAAAACAAAAAAGACGGCUCUACUCAACUCACGACGAUUCAUCCAUCCACGAAUCAUGUACUUCCAUUAAGUUCUUCUGAAAACCAUGUUACAAGUCAGCGUACCCAUUAGCCAAGUGCACCUUAAUUGCCCCGAAGUAGGAAAACAUCAACGAAACACUCGCCAAGUUUCGUUGCCCAAUUAAUCAUCAUCACCGGACCAACACAAUCCACACUCUCAGAUGCCCCAGCAGAAUGGCGACGGUGGAAAACGACGACAGUAUUUCAAUCGCAAAUGAACACAAAAUUAAUGACCUGGAAAAUUAGCGAGAUAAGCCCAGGUUGGGGUACCCUUUGAGGACUAUGUAUGGAUACUAUGCCGGCGUCAUCUCACAGCAUCAACGAACCAUCAGACGAACACAUUUGCACACCUUUAUUUAUAAUUGUAACCUCUUGUACAUGUUUCUUGGCAUAGUCAUAAAUUAAGUGGACCAAUGCAAAUGGUCUAGUAGUUUAUUUUGCCUAUACAAUUUCCACCCCCACACUGAAUCGCAAAUGAUACUAGACAUUCCCUCAUCGAGUCGGCCAAGCUAGCGACACGAAAUGAUUACAGCUCACGUCUUCCCACCCAUAACCCCUUCAAAAGAACUUAAAUUGUAUGGAUGAAGAGUAAUCAUGUUUGGACAAAUAGUAUAAACGACGAACGUCGCGAAGACUUACGUUGCCCCAUUCAAAGCGAUGUGCAAACACGAUCGAACAGCAUGUGACAUCAAUUGUAAUUAAUUUAACGAUUAUUGCCCCUCUAUGCACCGUAGAAUGCCGGAUCGACGUUAGGAAAGAUCACUUAUAGAGGAGAAUCUUCAGCACGGCGCACACAGGUGAAUCUCUAUAAAGUAUUUUGAAACCGUAAAGCGUGCUAUCCAUAGUAAGACUUCGCGUCGCUAGACGGAUAUGACAUUUUUUAACGAUAUCAAAAGACAUUUUAUUCUGUGAGAUUCCGAAGACGCAAUCGUGGGGAAGAGAAAGCCAGAGGAAAUGUCAUGGGACUUUUAUAGGACUUUACUAAAUUUUACGAUGCAAGCGACGAAUUUAGACUUUGGAACUGCCAGUUACUUAUAUGUAUAAUAAUAUUGUAUGCUACGCAAGAAAAGUGAAACGAUAAAAAUUAAAAACAAUGUA